AUGUCUCUCGAAGUAAUAUAUGUAACUCGGCAUGGAUUCCGAAGUAAUUGGGUAGUCGAACCCAAAACCGGCACCUAUUCAACAUCCAUUCCAUCCCCUACCGGCAUUGCAUCCGACCCAGCCCUUGCAGGAUACGGCGUCGAACAAUCUCAUGAACUUUCCACCCACCUGCAGACCCUCUCUCCCCCAAUCGAGCGAUUCUACACGAGCCCCUUCUACCGCUGUAUACAAACCAUCUCGCCGGCCGUCGAAGCAAUUGCGAAGACGGCCUCGGAUCCCGAGACAUGCAAGAUACGAGGAGAGAAUGGGGUGGGCGAAUGGUACGGCAUGGCGCGAUUCGACCAUCCAUCUCCAGCUACACCUGGUGUUCUGAAGAAGUUGUUCGAGCGUUAUGACGAGAGUUACGAGGCAGAGAUCAAACCUAGCGUAAACGGAGAGACGAUAGAUGAAUUGCAUGAUCGCACGGCAUACGCGUUGCACAGAUUAAUAGAGAAGAGUGAUAGAGAGGGUGUGAAGGCUAUUCUGAUAUGCACGCAUGCUGCAACGCUUAUAGCGAUUGGUAGGGCGCUGACGGGACGAAUGCCAGAGGAUACUGCGGAAGAGGACUUUAGACCGUUUACGUGUGGAGUCAGUACUUUUGUAAGGAAGAAUAAGGAGGCUAAGGUUGAGGUCCCAGCGUGGGAAGGACCUGAGACGAAGAUUCCUCAUGUCGAGUGGAGGGGAGGGAAUGGUGUUGGUGGUGGGUGGGAAAUUACGAAGAGUGGUGAUUGUUCGUUUUUGAGUGGAGGUGAAGAGAGAGGGUGGAGAUUUUCUGGAGACGAAUCAUUCGUGGCUAAAGCUGGCGAAGGACCUGCUUUGGAUGCUGGCUCUGGACUUGGUGUGGUCAUCGAAGGUAACAAGAGUUCUUCAAAUCCAUCAAGACUGUAG